CAGGAAUGCGCGCGUGAUCCAAUUUAAGGAGCCGCCUCGCGCUCUGCAGGGACACAAGCGCGAGCCCGCGGACUCACCUGGAAGCCUCAGAGCAGCUCGGACCCCUGACGCCCCACUGACGCCCCCCAGAGAAUUUUCAUCAUUUGAGACGAUUUUUCAGCUGAAUCAGACGUUUCCGACGACUCGUGACAUUCCUGCUUCUCCUGCAGCUCCUCCAACAAUGUCCUCCAUCAUCCUCCUCGUCUUCGUCCUCCUGCUUCCUCUCGCCUCCUCUCAGACCUUCCACUGGGGACCCUGUCCGUCGCCUCAAGUGCAGCCCAACUUCCAGGUUGAAAAGUACCUGGGGAAGUGGUACGAGAUCGAGAAACUCCCAGCAUCCUUUGAGAAGGGGACGUGCAUCGAGGCCAACUACUCGCUCAGGAGGGACGGAACCAUCCGGGUCCUGAACUCGCAGUUUUAUAAGGAGAAGGUGAGUACAGCAGAAGGAACCGCCGUGGUUCGGGACACGAGGGAGUCGGCCAAGCUGGGCGUCAGCUUCUCCUACUUCACGCCGUACGCCCCGUACUGGGUUCUGACCACCGACUACACCAGCCUGUCCGUGGUGUACUCGUGCACCAGCUUCCUCCACCUCUUCCACAUCGACUACGCCUGGAUUCUUUCCCGCUCGCCGUCGCCGUCUGCGGCCACCGUGCUGUACGCCAAAGAGCUGCUGGUCAGAGAAGGGAUCGACAUCAGCAGGAUGAAGCCCACUGUUCAGAACUGCUAACUUCCUGUUGCUGCUUUCCACUUCCUGUUGCUGCCUUCCACUUCCUGUCCGCCGAGAAGGAAUCAAACCAAAUAAUCUGAUUACAGAUUCACACCUGGAUCCAAAUUGUUGCUGUCAUUUUUUUUCUUUGUAAUUUUAAUUCUUUUAUGAUUUCAAUCAAAUAAAAAUAUCAUGAAUAAAC